AUGUCGAACUCCGUGGUCGACAGCGCAAUAAACAUAAUAGAGCAAGUCCAACCACCUGCCCACGGCUCCGCCUACAUCCGACUUUCGCAAGGUCUCAAACGAUUCAUGGCCUUCGCCUUCCCGCAACGAAGACCUCCCAAGCUCUACCAGUGUAGCUACUGUUACGAAGACAAGCCAGCGAAGGCGUUCAAAUAUCCGUUCUUCUGCAACGUCCAUUUACCCAGGGCUUGCGUGAAGAAGUUGAAGAACGACAAAGUCUGCUACGAAUGUCUCUGUACAGCGGUCGCGGCUCAGUUGGAUCUUCGACCUGCGUCGGCGAUGGGAUGUCCGGAUUGCAACUUGACGUGGACGACGCCGGAUGUCUACUACCUGUUACCGUAUGAGAAGCGAGACGUGUAUGCGACCAAGUUGAAGGAAGAGAUGAGUUACGUUCUUAGCCAUCCUACCAACAAAAAUGCAACAUUAACGAUCGAUCACAGCGUCCAACCGUACUCGCCGCCUCCGCGAGAAACGCUGAAUAUUCUCAUCUCGCAACGCACGAGGCUGUGUCCUUUCUGCGGAGCCGCGGUUCAGAAACGUUCGGGGUGCUAUGGAGUCAUUUGUGGUCAAUGCCACAGGGCGUUUCCGUACGAUCGUGCGAGGAGUCUGCAGAUGGUCCAUCAUGAGUGGGUGAUUGAGACGCAUCAGAGGAAUUAUGCACUUGCGAACCGGAAUGAUAGCAGGAGUUGGGUGGGAACUCAUGGACUGACGGAUUGA